CAGCACCCCUGAUUAGGAAUCGCCACCCCCAAAACCCCACCUAGAGAGAGAGAGAGAGAGAGAGAGAGAGAGAUGGCGUCAGGGUGGGGAAUCACAGGCAACAAAGGGAGGUGCUACGAUUUCUGGACGGAUUUCAGCGAGUGCAUGUCCCGCUGCAGAGAGCCCAAGGACUGUGCUCUCCUUCGUGAAGAUUACCUCGAAUGCCUCCACCACUCCAAAGAGUUCCAGCGGAGAAACAGAAUUUACAAAGAGGAGCAGCGCCAGAUAAGAGCAGCAGCACGGAAGGCCAAAGAGGGAGCUGGUGGAGGUGGUGAAGGCCAUCAUCACUAGCAUCCCAUUCGUAAGUACUUGGCUUUUGAACUGAGGAAUAAAAGUUACUGUAAUCCAAAUGCAUUUUGAUGAGGAAUGCUAGAGCCAUGGUUUCCUGCUCUCCUUUUCGCUCUCUCUCUUU